AUGAAUAUUGAAGAAAUUUUACCUGAAUUAUUUGGAGAAAAACGUGUAUACUAUUGUCAACGUUGCUUAAAUCAUGGUUUAGAAGUAAAGCGCAAAAAUCACAAAUCAGAAUGCGCUUAUCGAUUUUGCAUAUGCAAUGAUUGUCAGAUGGUUGAUAAACGACGAGAGUUAAAUUCACGAUUGUUACAAAUUGAAAGUGUUUCACCUCCACCUCCACCACCACCAAUACCACCACCACCAUUACCACCAUCUCAACCACAAUUAUCCCUACUACCACCAUUACCACCAUCAUCUUCAUCGUCAUUGUCAACGUCUUCCUUAUCAUCAUCAUUAUCAUCAUUGUCAUCAUCAUCAUCAUCAUCAUUAUCACAACCAUCAUCAAAAAAUGGUAAUAUUUUGACGACAACCGUUCCUGUUCUACCGGAUAUGAACAUAUUUUCACCAGUACCAGAACAAGCUAUAUCACCACCCGCUAUGAAGGGAAAAGAAAGGCGACCAAAUUGUCAACGUUGUGCGCAACAUUCAGUGUUAGCUCGAUUAAAAGGACAUAAGCGUUGUUGUCCAUUUCGAGACUGUCCAUGUGCUAAAUGUCAAGUUGUUCAAGAACGACAAAAACUUAUGGCUGAUCAGAUAAAAUUACGAAGGCGACAAAAGAAACAAAAAAAUUUGGAUGCAUUAAAUGACACUGAUAAUUUACGAAGCUAUCCUAAGCAUCAAGGCGCAUUAUUUAGUGGUUGCUUGAAAUGUGCCCAGCAAGCAUUGGCCUAUCAGCAAAUUCUAGCAUUCAUCGAUCCAACUGUAACCCUUCAGCCAUCAACAUUUUCAGCUAUUCUUGCAGCUUGUCCGCAUAAUAACUAUAAUGAUAAUAAUAAUCAUGAUAAUAAUAAUAACAAUAAUAAUAAUAGUAAUAAUAGUAGUAGUAAUAAUAAUAGUAAUAAUAGUGGCAGUAAAAAUAAUAGUAAUAAUAAUAAUGAUUGUCGUAAUAAUUAA